UUGUGAGCCCAGGACGGUCAUCUUGUGAGCCCAGGACGGUCAUCUUGUGAGCCCAGGACGGUCAUCUUGUGAGCCCAGGACGGUCAUCUUGUGAGCCCAGGACGGUCAUCUUGUGAGCCCAGGACGGUCAUCUUGUGAGCCCAAGACGGUCAUCUUGUGAGCCCAAGACGGUCAUCUUGUGAGCCCAAGACGGUCAUCUUGUGAGCCCAAGACGGUCAUCUUGUGAGCCCAAGACGGUCAUCUUGUGAGCCCAAGACGGUCAUCUUGUGAGCCCAAGACGGUCAUCUUGUGAGCCCAAGACGGUGAUCUUGUGAGCCCAAGACGGUCAUCUUGUGAGCCCAAGACGGUCAUCUUGUGAGCCCAGGACGGUGAUCUUGUGAGCCCAAGACGGUGAUCUUGUGAGCCCAGGACGGUAAUCUUGUGAGCCCAAGACGGUCAUCUUGUGAGCCCAGGACGGUGAUCUUGUGAGCCCAAGACGGUGAUCUUGUGAGCCCAAGACGGUGAUGGAGGCCAAGAAAGAGAGGGACUGUAACUUUGUGACCGACCUCACGCUGGGUCUUGUCGAUACACUUAGAGGCGUGGGGGGCGUGCAGGACGUGAGUGUGGUGGUGCGUGGGGGCGUGGAGCGCGCCUCCGUGGUGGCGUGGGAGCAGCGGCACAACGUAGCCCUGCCGGCGGCACUCAGGGCCCUCUACACCGCCACCGACGGCUUCAAACUCACCUGGAACUACGCCACAGCAGGGAAGGUGCUGCCACUGGGGAACAUGGAGAUCCACCCACUGGGGAGGGUCAACAGGCUGGGGAGUGGGAGGGGGAGCGGAGACCCCCUCGCCCCCUCCAUCACCGACCUGGCCCUGGCUGAGGACCCCCCCUCUCCUGCAGAACACCCCCAGCACCGCCCAGGGGGGUCACGACCCCCACUCACGCCGCCCCCAACCUUCCACUCCUCUAAGAUGUUCGAGGUGGACAGCUGUCAAGGCUUUGGGCGCGUGGUGGUGGCGUACCCAGGACGAGGGGAGACCUUCCCGGAGGGGUCCUACUGGUUCAUCGACCUGUCCCUGCGGCCGCACCAGCUGGCGCCCGACACCCACACCUUCUGGCGGCUCAUGCUGGCCCACCUGGGCAUGCCCCAGUGGCAAGCUCUAGUUGCUGGGCUCGGCCUCACACCCUGGGCUCGGCAGUGGUACGAGGUGGUGGCCGGGUACCUGCUGGACGGACCACGGCCCCCAAGGACCUCCCAGGCCCAGGAGAUCGUCAACAAGCUCGACUGGUCCGUCUUCAAGAACAAGAAGACCCACAAGAUCAAGAUCGCCAAGGACCCCGCCAAGGACGCUGCCAAGGACUCCCCGAAGGACGUGACCACCAAGGACUCCCCCAAGGACGCAGGAAAGAUUAAAGAGUGAACAAGUUAAUAAAUUAUGGAGUAUCUUGGCAUAAAAUAAAGGCGUUCAGGUUUAUUAAAUAAAAUCUUAAA